GUUUCAGCUAGGCGUGGUAUCGCGGCUGAUAUAAUUGUCGCUAGCGUGAAACAGACACGUGUUUAUAAAACCGCGGUAAAUUGAUCCGCGUUUAUUUAGCAAGGUUUUGCUGUUUCACAGCAAGUUCGGUUUCACAGAGUGUUGAAAAAGAAAAUUAAAAUUGUUUUAUAAUCGAAUGAAUGAAAGAGGAGUUUAAACGAGUUUCAAACGAUUUGUAAUAAAUUAUUUUCCACGAUUUGUAUAUUUAAAGUGACCUUAACGCAUCGAAAAAUGAGAAAAUAUUGAACGUGUAAUCGGAAAAUGGAAAGUCUUAGACUGAAAAACGAUGACUGUCACCGAUUGAGAAAUUGAAAAAAGAUGAUUUGUACAUCAAGAAAUUUGACUGUUGUGAAAAUUUGACAAAUUUCCCCUUCGAUUUCCGCAGGCAUAAUUGUUUAAAAUCACCACGUGGUGUUGAUUUUUUUUAGUCACAUAAUUUUAUCCUGCCUCAUCUUCACUUAUACAUGACCGACGUAAAAAACAAACCCUGGAUGCAUCCGGGCAGCGGAACGGGACGAGGAGCCGGUGCCGGAGGCGACGAUGAAGCGCCAAAGGAUCCCGGCGCCAGGACGACUCACCAGUCGUACACUGAAAAGGAUUUCGAAGGUCACAGAGCGCACACCGUAUACGUGGGCGUUCAUUUACCCGGCGAACGAAGGCACCGACGCCAUCACAAACACCAUCACGCACCGCGGCAAUCAUCCUCAGGCGAGAAGGAUGACUCCGAUUCUGACCGUCCAGGUGAGCUGCUGAUGACGCGACGGACCCGGCUUGCCAGUUUUUGCGAUCCUAAGGGUGAAACAACAUUCACUCCACCGGCGCAAAGGGUCCAAUUCAUCCUGGGCGAAGAGGUCGGCGAUGACGCCCACGCCUCUCACCCGUUGUUCUCCGAAAUGGAGGAACUGGUUAAAGACGGUGACGAAAUGGAAUGGAAAGAAACGGCGAGGUGGAUAAAGUUCGAGGAGGACGUCGAGGAGGGUGGAAACAGGUGGAGUAAACCGCACGUCGCCACUCUGUCGCUGCACUCGCUGUUUGAGCUUCGAAGCCUGAUAUUGAACGGCACCGUUAUGCUGGACAUGGAGGCAUCGAGUCUCGAACAAAUCGCCGACCUGGUACUCGACAGCAUGAUAAGCAAAAAUGUGCUGCCGGCCGAGUCGAGAGAAAAGGUUCGAGAAGCUCUUUUGGUCAGGCAUAGACACCAGCAUGAAAGACGCAAGGACAACAACAUGUCGAGAUUGCCGAUAAUAAGAUCGCUGGCGGAAAUAGGCCGGAAUCACUCCUCGUCAAAGAAUUGUGACUGUUCAUGUGGUUUGCAUACGUUGUUGACGUCAGAUUUGCAGGAGAGACGUCCCGGCGGGGACAGCUAUGUCCCUGCGGGCGAUGCUGGGCUCCGGGACGCGGUCGUGUCCCGGAGCAGAAGUUGCCCGAGUCCGGACACGAGCCUCCUGUCCAAGGAGGCCAAGGACUCGAAAGGGCCUUACCUCCUGGUACCAGUGGAAGAAUCGAAUUCUGCACCAGUGAUAGCUGGUGCAACGGGUCAGGGAAGUGGCGGAGCUCUAAAUGCUGGUGGUCGUUUUCUCGGUAUCCCCGGCAGCUUCGGCCAAGAACCAGGAGGUAACGGAUUGGACCGAAGUCCCAGCAGCAUCUCGAUUAGCAGGAAUCACAGUUCGCCCGGUUUGGAAAACGGAGACGUUAAUCACAGGGGUAAUACACAUUUCAUGAGAAAAAUACCGCCGGGAGCCGAGGCGAGCAAUAUUCUGGUCGGUGAGGUGGACUUCCUGGACAAAACCUUGUCGGCCUUUAUACGCCUGAGUCAAGCUGGAAUAAUGGGAGACUUAACGGAGGUUCCCGUACCAACUAGAUUUAUUUUUAUACUUCUUGGACCAACGGGUGGAAGCUCGGGUUUCCACGAAAUAGGAAGAGCAAUGGCGACCUUGAUGUCCGACGAAGUGUUCCACGACGUGGCCUACAAGGCGAGAAAUCGCGAUCACCUUCUGGCCGGUGUCGACGAAUUCCUGGACGCUGUGACGGUCCUUCCACCGGGAGAAUGGGACCCAACGAUCAGAAUCGAGCCUCCGGCCGCGAUUCCUUCGCAGGACACGAGAAAAAGACCGAAGGAGGAAAAGCCCAAGGAGGAAUUCGACGAGGAGGCCGACGAGCAGAAGCAGAGAGAAGCGUCGGGGCUUUCGCGUACCGGAAGAUUGUUCGGGGGUCUGAUGAACGACAUAAAGAGAAAAGCGCCCUGGUACUGGUCCGACUUCAAGGACGCCCUGGCACUCCAGUGCAUCGCGUCAUUUAUAUUUUUAUACUUCGCCUGUCUAUCGCCUAUCAUCACUUUCGGUGGCCUCCUCAGCGAAGCUACCGGCAAAAAUAUGGCCGCAAUGGAGUCUUUGGUCUCAGGAUUCGUCUGCGGCGUUGGUUACGGGUUUUUUUCCGGUCAGCCAUUGACCAUCCUCGGAUCCACCGGACCAGUUUUAGUGUUUGAAACUAUAGUGUUCGAAGUUUGCAAAAAAGCAGCCUGGAAUUACAUGUCCUUCCGAUUUUGGAUCGGUGCAUGGAUAUCGGUGAUUCUGAUCGUUUUAGUAGCCAUCGACGCCAGUGCCUUUGUAUGUUACAUCACGCGGUUUACCGAAGAGAACUUUGCUACGUUGAUAGCUUUUAUUUUCAUCAUCAAGGCUCUGGAGAACGUCUUAUCGAUUGGCCAGAAAUUCCCUAUAAAUACACAUCCUGGCGAAAUACCGAACUACGAGUGCUGGUGCAAACCACCGAAUUUGACAUCGUCUUUUGAGUCGUCAAGUGGCCAAUACUUGAACUGGACAAACCUGAACCAGAAAGAGUGUCUGAAUUCUAACGGAACGCUUGAAGGCAUCGGAUGCAACACACCCCAUUAUAUCCCCGACGUAUUUCUGAUGUCGAUAAUCCUGUUCAUGGGAACAUUCCUGCUAUCCAUCGAGCUAAAGGACUUCAAGAACGCGCUGUUCUUUCCGUCAAAGGUGAGGCAAAUAGUGAGCGAUUUCGCGGUGAUAAUAGCAAUAUUCUCGAUGUCACUGCUGGACCACUUCGUCGGUAUCGCAACGCCGAAACUGGAAGUGCCGCAGGAGUUUAAGCCGACGUUAGAAGGUCGCGGAUGGAUGAUUUGGCCAUUCAACGAGAAUCCCUGGUGGAGUUCGAUCGUUGCAGUCCUCCCCGCGCUUCUCGGUACGAUAUUGAUAUUCAUGGACCAGCAGAUAACCGCGGUGAUAGUGAACCGUAAGGAGAACAAACUGAAGAAGGGCUGCGGCUAUCACUUGGACCUUUUCGUCCUCGCGAUCCUGAUAGCGAUUUGCUCAGUGAUGGGACUUCCAUGGUUCGUCGCUGCAACGGUGCUCUCGAUAAAUCACGUCAACUCCCUGAAGUUGGAAUCGGAGUGCGCAGCUCCGGGAGAGAAGCCGCAAUUCCUUGGCGUCCGUGAGCAGAGAGUCACCCACAUACUGAUAUUCCUGAUGAUCGGUUGUUCGGUUCUCCUCACCUCGAUGCUCAGACACAUUCCGAUGCCCGUUCUCUUCGGUGUAUUUCUUUACAUGGGAGUCGCUUCGCUAAAGGGUCUCCAAUUCUUCGACAGACUGUUGAUCAUGCUUAUGCCGGUCAAGUAUCAGCCGGACUACAUGUUCCUCAGACAGGUUCCCCUGAAACGGGUCCACGUGUUUACACUCAUUCAAUUGGCUUGCCUGAUCUGUCUUUGGCUCAUCAAAUCCUUCAGCGCUACAUCGAUACUGUUUCCUCUGAUGCUGGUCGUGAUGAUCGGAAUAAGAAAAUCGUUGGACUUUUUCUUCACGAGACGUGAACUGAAGAUCCUAGACGACGUGAUGCCCGAAACGAGCAAGAAGCAUGCCCACGAUAUGCAGCAGCUUGAAAACGGCGAGGACGAGGAGAAAUCGCUCGGUUUCGGAACGUCGGGAAAUCUUCAAAUUCCAUUGGCGAAUGGAAACAUAAUGAAGAUACCGUUGGCGAGUAUAAACAUCAGCGAAGAGGUGAACAAGACCGGAAUAUGGCAGCAGGUCAACGAGGGGAAUUCGACGCCCGGAGAAAAGCCGAAGCAUCAAAAAAUGAUCAACGUCGGCAAGCAGAAGAAGCACAGCAGAAGUAAGGAGACGGCUUUGCUGAUGGCCGACGAAACUACGAGACUGACGACAAUGACCGAAGAGGAGGAAGAAGAUUGCGGAAUUUCUAUAAAGGUCGAUUUGAUAAGAUCAAAGGAGUCUCCGAGUCCUCUAAAGGCAAACGGGACAACAUCCGCCGAGACGUCCGUCUGAAUUGUUGAAAUAUGCGUUAGGAAAGAAAACGGAAAGAAAUCAAACAAUAAGACACAUACUCAAAGUGGGAAUAUUUUUUAAACAUUUGUAUUGUAUUAUCAACGUACGAAUCGAAACGUGACAUGAAUUUGACCCCGCCAUUUCACCCUUCGAUUAUUAUUUAUCUUGUCAAGUUUGGUAGUAGUAUAAAAAAGUCUCGUUUUCUUACAAAGAUUUUGAAAAAUGAAUAUAAAAAAAAAAGAACUGUUAAUAACGAUGCAAAAUAUUUUUACCAACUUUCAAAUACUCUCAUAUUGUUACUCGUUACAUCAAAAAAUUUAAGAUUAAUGCUGACCUAUCUGCUUGUAAAGGUAGAAUUAUUGUAAUCGUUUGGGUAUCAUCAGAUACGUGAAUUUAAUGAAGAAAAUCAAUUAAUCCUAUAUCGAUACGAAUCACGGCUCUGCAAUGGAAUUGAUGUUUAAUUUUCUUCUGUGAACACAAACCAUAGCCGAGAUAUGUUGUGCACUGUAUAAGCCUAAUAUAAAGCAGUGACAAUCGGUUGAUAAUACGAUAUUAAAAUCAAUUGGGUAAAAUUCCUAAUGCUGAUUCAUGUCGUUAUAAAAAUUUCACAUAUCAUAAUUAAACCGAAAUCAUAUCGAGAUAUAAUUUGACGUUUCUUAAUUAAUAACCCAGUUUCAUUUGCCGCAUCAAAGAAUAAUUAGGAAUUGAAAAGUUAUACAGCUAAACCAAAUUUGCAUUUACCAAAAAUAAUUAGCAAGAAAAAUCCGUGCAAGAAAUCAUUUCAAAUUAACAAUACGAAGCAACUAUAAUAACUGUGUAGGAUGAAAACAGAAAAGAGAGGUAAAAAAAAAAAAAAAAUUGUUAUUAUCGUACAGACAAUGACGGAAAAAAAUAUUAAAAGUAAUAAUAUUUAUACACGUGUACGUAAUGAAAAACGAUAUAUAUAUAUUUUCAUGUUUACAUUUGAGUAUUAUACAAGCCUGCAGCAGUUUAUUAUGGUGAUAAAAAAUCAAUUUGAAUGGUAACAUAUUAUAAUAAAAAGCAAAAAAAAAAAGAAAGAAAAAAAAAACGAACCAACAAACAUAUACCAUAGAUAUCACAUUAAAACGUCUAAUAAUAUUAUAAGUGUAAUGCAGGAAGCGAUUUUUAUGAAACAAUUUUACGGCAGGCUAUAAUUAGAAAAUAAUAGAAUAAAUUUUAAUGAAUCUAUCAACUUAUACACAAGUAUAAUACAUACAACAUCGUUGCGUUUAGUUGUGGGAUUAUUAUUGAUGGAGAAAUUUUUUUUUUUCUUUUUUCUCGUCAAAACCGACUCUCGCCUCUGUACAAUGUUUGUAUUUUUCCUUCGUGCGGGUAUAAAUGUAAUAUUCUUUCACUUGACAAAAUAUUUACUCUAACCGUAUAAUAAUGAUUUACUGUAACGUACCGUAUUACGUUUUCAAACACUUUACGUGUUCGACGUAUAUUCACGCAUGCGAUAUUCAAAUUACUACGAAUAUUGCCGGAAGUGCGUGCGAGAUGUGCGAUGAGAAUUGAGUAAAUUAUACGAAAUAGGGAUAAUAUUACAGGUGUCGGUUUUAUAGUGAUGUAGGUAUCGUAACGAUGUGUUGUAUGUAUAUUAUACGUUGAUGAGGAUAGAUAUAUGAUUAUUCCCAGCGUAGUAAAGUAUUUGAAAAAAAAAGAGAGAAGAUUUUUCUAACAAUUGUCAUUGAAUAAUUGUCCACUGCAAUUUUAAUCGGUAUAUGUAUAGGGUGUUCCCCGUGUAUCUUGUAAAGUUUAUUUCUUCAUUGCUCACAUUGGGUAAAAAUCGCGGUGUCGCUAUUCAAGGACGAUGGAUUAUUGCGUUUUUCACUUCUCGAUAUUAUUUAAAAAUUAGUCUUCAUUUUAACGUCAAAACUCGGGCUAGGUGAGAAAUAUUUAUACAGAGAUUAUUCGAUUUUUCUGCGUACAAUGAGUUUUUCUUUUCGAGAUUUCAGAGAGAAAAUGCGAAGGAUUGGAAAAAAUGAAAGACGCAAUUUUUCACGGUUGAAUUUAUAUCCCGAAUAAUUGUCACCUUU